AUGGACCAAACACGCUCUUGGAACACGCAAGCUCCUGUACCAGGUACGCUCCUGGACCAGGCAAGCUCCUGGACCAGGCAAGCUCCUGGACCAGUGGACAUGGACAUGGACGUGGACAUGGACGUGGACAUGGACGUGAACAUGGACGUGGACGUGGACGUGGACGUGGACGUGGACGUGGACGUGGACGUGGACUUGGACGCGGACAUUGUCGUGGACGUGGACGUGGACGUGGACAUUGUCGUGGACGUGGACGUAGACGUGGAUGUGGACGUGGUCGUGGACGUGGACGUGGACGUGGACGUGGACAUGGACGUGGACGUGGACGUGGACAUGGACAUGGACGUGGACGUGGAGGACUCGGACGUGGACAUGGACGUGGACGUGGACGUGGACGUGGACGUGGACAUGGACGUGGACAGGGACGUGGACGUGGACGUGGACGUGGACGUAGACGUGGAGGACUUGGACGUAGACAUGGACGUGGACGUGGACGUGGACGUGGACAUGGACGUAGAGGACUUUGACGUGGAGGACUUGGACGUGGACGAAGACGUGGACGUGGACGUGGACAUGGACGUGGACGUGGACGUGGACGUGGACAUGGACGUGGACGUGGACAUGGACGUGGACAUGGGUGUGGACAUGGACAUGGACGUGGACGUGGACGUGGACCUGUACGUGGACAUGGACGUGGACGUGGACAUGGACGUGGACGUGGACAUGGACGUGGACAUGGACGUGGACAUGGACGUGGACGUGGACGUGGACGUGGACGUGGAGGACAUGGACGUGGACAUGGACGUGGACGUGGACGUGGACGUGGACGUGGACAUGGACGUAGAGGACUUUGACGUGGAGGACUUGGACGUGGACGUGGACGUGGACGUGGACGUGGACGUGGACGUGGACGUGGACAUGGACAUGGACGUGGACGUGGACGUGGACAUGGACAUGGACGUGGACAUGGACGUGGACGUGGGCGUGGACAUGGACAUGGACGUGGACGUGGACGUGGACAUGGAAGUGGACGUGGACGUGGACGUGGACAUUGUCGUGGACGUGGACGUGGACGUGGACAUUGUCGUGGACGUGGUCGUGGUCGUGGACGUGGACGUGGACGUGGACGUGCAGGACUUGGACGUGGAGAUGGACGUGGACAUGGACGUGGACGUGGACGUGGACGUGGACGUGGACGUGGACAUAGACGUGGACGUGGACGUGUACGUGGACGUGGACGACUUGGACGUGGACGUGGACGUGUACGUGGACGUGGACAUGGACGUGGACGUGGACAUAGACGUAGACAUGGAGGACUUGGACGUGGACAUGGACGUGGAAGUGGACGUGGACGUGGAGGUGGACGUGGACGUGGACGUGGACGUGGACGUGGACAUGGACGUGGACGUGGAGGUGGACGUGGACAUGGACGUAGACGUGGUCGUGGACGUGGACGUGGACGUAGACGUGGACAUGGACGUGGAGGGCGUGGACGUGGAGGACGUGGACGUGGACGUGGACGUGGACGUGAACGUGGACAUGGACGUCGGGGUGAACGUGGACGUGGACGUGGACGUGGACGUGGACGUGCACAUGGACGUGGACAUGGACGUGGACGUGGACGUGGACGUGGACGACUUGGACGUGGAUGUGGACGUGGACAUGGACGUGGACGUGGACGUGGACGUGGACGUGGAGGACUUGGACGUGGACAUGGACGUGGACGUGGACGUGGAGGUGGACGUGGACGUGGACGUGGGUUUGGACGUGGACAUGGACGUGGACGUGGACGUGGACGUGGACGUGGACAUGGACGUGGAUGUAGACGUGGACGUGGACGUGGACGUGGCGGACUUGGACGUGGACAUGGACGUGGACGGCGAAUUCUCGCCACCAUCAGGAUGGCCGGCGCGCAGUACUCCACGGCGUCGUACAUCACCCAUGUCAUGCAGGGACUCUCGAGCAGCUACAACCUCCUGA